CCAACAUAGCCUGCCAGCCUACUGCAAAAUGAGAAUACUUACCAACGUUUUAUGACCUCUAAUUUGUAAUAGCCGUUAAACGACACGUCAAUACGUGUCCCUUGCAUGUAAGUCAAGGAAACCAACAAGGGCAUAAUGAGACACUCGCAAUCUGCCAGGCCUGCAAUCCUCAAAUUCCAUUACUGUGCCUGAGAUGGUUAAGUUGGCAACCCCGAAGUUCUCUGAUUGAUCACCGAUUCAACCCUCUAAUGCCGAAUUCGAAGUUUUAGAAUAAAAAAGUUGAUAACUUUACGCUUUAAUCUGAUCAAGGACAAUUGGGUAGCUGGUGGAAUUGAGAUCGAGAAGGAUGAGUGAGGUAUUUGAGGGGUACGAGCGCCAAUACUGCGAGCUCUCCGUCAAUCUAUCAAAGAAGUGCACGGCUGCUACCGCUGUUGAUGGAGAGGGAAAAAAACAGAGAAUUGCAGAGGUAAAAGCUGGAUUAGAUGAUGCUGAUGCUUUGCUUAGGAAAAUGGACCUUGAGGCAAGGAGUUUGCAGCCAAGUGUGAAGGCAGCGCUUCUUGCCAAGUUAAGAGAAUAUAAGACUGAUUUCAACAAUCUUAAAAGCCAAGUUAAGAGAAUCACAUCACCUGUUGCUAAUCAUGCAGCCCGGGACGAGUUGCUGGAGCCCGGAAUGGCAGAAACCUUGACGACAUCGAACGAUCAAAGAGGGAGAUUAUUGAUGACAACUGAAAGAUUAAAUCAGUCGACGGACAGGGUCAAGGAGAGUAGAAGAACAAUGCUAGAAACAGAAGAGCUUGGGGUCUCAAUCCUCCAAGAUUUACAUCAACAACGCCAGUCUCUUCUACAUGCCCAUAAUACAAUCCAUGGGGUGGAUGGAAACAUUGGCAAGAGCAAAAGGGUCCUGACAGAAAUGACAAGCAGGAUGAAUAGGAACAAAUGGAUUGUUGGCUCCAUAAUCGGAGUCCUUGCCCUUGCCAUCAUGAUUAUCCUAUAUCUUAAGCUUACCCACUAGCCUAUACUGCUGCUGCACUGCCUGGAAUAAUUUUACUGAUUUGACACUUCAUCAAACUCUCCGUGUUCUUUAUGUUGUUGGAUAUUGUUUCUAGCUUCUCUUUUUCUUCUCUCCAAGAUAUUGGCUAAUUCCAGCGAGGGGCAAACAGAGUUGUGUUUUUGUUCUAUCUUACAAAAUUGUUGUUGGAAUGAAGGAAAGCAAACCAUGGACUCUUACGAGACGAAA